AUGACUCCAGUUCCCCCUUCACCUGUUCCGUCUGCAGUCUCGUCUACCGCAAACUCUCAACAUUCACAUGACCCUCGGGAUGGAGAACCUUCAAUAACACGACCUCUAGCGGACAUGCAUCUGUCCGCGGCGAACGGGGAGGCCGCCCUUCCCCCACCGGCAUCCCCCGCCACGAAACCUCAAAAGCCAAAGAUGGCUGCUCGUCUCUCUCGCAUGUUUUCCACCACCGGAAAAACAACACCCACUCUUCAGGAGAAGCACGACGUACACCGUGAACUAUCCGACAGCAGUUUGGAUAGCGUUCAAGCUCCCCUCAACUCCAAGGACAAGCCGACCUCAAAACCUUCCUCAAAACCGACAACACCUGCCAAUUCUAGACCCUCAUCACGGACUCCCUCUCGUCAACCAUCCCUUAAAAACGAACCCAUCGUUGAGGACGGUAAGAAGAAGAAGACGAUCAGCGGAAAGGAACAGAAGGAUGGUGUUCCUCCGCAUAAGCGUUUCGAGAUUCUCUCCGAAGCUCAAGGCAACCACUCCCAUCACCUUCGGAGUGCGAGGAGACAGGAAAAGUUGACCGACCUUCUCCGCGACAUGCUGGGUGGUGGACGGAAGAAGGGCGGAGAAGAUCACCAGGUCGAUGAGCAGCAACUUUCACUUAUGUCGACUUGGAUCGACCAAUUUAAAACCGAGCGAGAUAAGCUGGCCCUUGAUAAGAAGGGCGGCCCCAACGCUACAGCAUCCUUGGUCGACAAAUACGGAAAAUGCCAGGAGAUUGUUGGCCGCGGUGCUUUUGGAAUUGUCCGCAUCUCGCACAAGGUCGACCCACAAGACUCCAAGUGUGAGCAGCUGUAUGCUGUGAAGGAAUUCCGACGCAGACCCCAGGAGACUGCCAAGAAAUACCAGAAGCGACUUACCUCGGAAUUCUGUAUUUCUUCAUCCCUCCGUCACCCGAAUGUCAUCCACACCCUUGAUCUGUUACAAGACGCCAAGGGCGAUUACUGUGAGGUUAUGGAAUUCUGCGCCGGUGGUGAUCUUUACACAUUGGUCCUCUCGGCUGGAAAACUUGAGGUUGCCGAAGCCGACUGCUUCUUCAAGCAGCUCAUGCGCGGAGUUGAGUAUAUGCACGAGAUGGGUGUUGCCCACCGUGAUCUCAAACCCGAAAAUCUUCUAUUAACUACCCACGGUGCCUUGAAGAUCACCGACUUUGGCAAUGGCGAAUGUUUCCGCAUGGCCUGGGAAAAAGAAGCUCACAUGACCGCCGGUCUCUGUGGAUCUGCGCCUUAUAUCGCGCCUGAAGAAUAUAUCGAGAAGGAGUUUGAUCCUCGUGCAGUCGAUCUAUGGGCUACUGGAGUGAUCUACAUGGCUAUGCGUACUGGACGCCAUCUUUGGCGUGUUGCUCGCAAAGAUGAAGAUGAAUUUUACCAGCGCUACUUGGAGGGACGCAAGCACGAGGAUGGCUAUGCGCCUAUUGAAACGUUGCAUCGGGUAAGCAUUAUCUUACAUUGGAUUUUUAGCUGGAUCAUCCUCCUAACAAGCUCUAUGCAGGCUCGUUGCCGCAACGUGAUCUACUCCAUUUUGGACCCGAAUCCCUCUCGCCGUAUAAAUGCCUCUCAGGUGCUCAAAUCCGAAUGGGUGCGCCAGAUCAAACUGUGUAAGGCAGGCGAGGAAGGGUUCUAA